GUUGCGGCCUUGGAAGAGGACCUGAGGCACCCACAUACCCUAUCAGCUGAGGAUGUCUUGGCCCACUUCCGCGUCAGUUUGGAGACGGGGCUCACCCACAGUCAGGUGCUCCAGCAAAGGCUGCGCCAUGGCCCGAACGAGUUGGCGGAGGAGGAGAAGAAGUCCGUUUGGAAGCUGAUCCUGGCUCAGUUCGAAGACUUGCUAGUGCGAAUCCUGCUGGUCUCCGCGGUGGUCUCCUUCGUCCUGGCUGUGCUGGACGAGAAAAGUAGCGAGGAAGGGAUCACUGCAUUCGUUGAGCCGCUCGUCAUUCUUCUCAUCCUCAUCGCGAAUGCGUUCGUGGGUGUUUGGCAAGAGUCCAAUGCGGAGAAGGCGCUGGAUGCUUUGAAAAGGCUACAACCUGACACGGCAGCUGUCCUUCGUGAUGGGUGCUGGACAACCGUGAAUGCUGCUGGCCUUGUUCCUGGGGACGUGGUACAGGUCAAGGUUGGUGACAAGGUGCCAGCAGAUCUCCGCGUCGCAAUCCUGAACAGUACCACAAUUCGUGUCGAGCAGUCCCAGCUAACGGGCGAAUCACAGAGCGUGUCCAAAGACCCGGCCACAUGUUUGCCUCUGGAAACCAUCAUCCAGGGCAAGGUAAACAUGCUGUUUGCCUCCACGACGAUUUCCAACGGUGCAUGCGUCGGGGUGGUGACUGCAACGGGUAUGGCGACUGAAAUCGGAGCGAUCCAGGAUGCCGUGCAGCUGGCAGCGGGCGAGGAGGAGCAGACCCCGCUGCAGCAAAAGCUGGACGAUUUCGGCAACUUGCUGGCCAAGGUUAUCUUUGCUAUUUGCCUCUUGGUGUGGUUGAUCAAUUACAAGCACUUCUUCGACCCCGUCCAUGGAUCCGUAAUCCGCGGCUGCAUUUACUACUUCAAGAUUGCCGUUGCUCUUGCGGUCGCUGCCAUCCCAGAAGGAUUGCCAGCAGUGAUCACGACCUGCCUCGCCCUAGGCACAAGCGAGAUGGCGAAGAAGAAUGCCAUCGUGCGGAAACUGCCAUCUGUGGAAACAUUGGGCUGCACAUCAGUUAUCUGUUCUGACAAGACUGGCACUCUGACCACAAAUGAGAUGUGCUGCACACGGCUGGUCAUUCCAAAAUCGAGUUCAGAGAUGGUUUCCUACGUUGUGGAGGGCCACAGCUACGCACCUGUGGGAUUGGUCCAGGGUUUGUCAGAAGUGGACUGGCAGCAGCAGGGCAGCUUGCAGGCUUUUGCGAAGAUUGCCGCGCUCUGCAACGAAUCCAGGUUGGAAGUCGAGGCCGGGUCCUUCCGAAGAAUGGGGGAGCCCACCGAGGCGGCUUUGUUGACUCUGGUGGAGAAGCUCGGCGUGCCUGACCCAUUGCUGCAUGGAAGGUGCUGGCAGAAACCCCGUGAUCGCGAAGAUGCCAUGGCCUUUUGCAAGUACUGGACCUCGAACGUGCAGAAGAAAGCAACCCUCGAGUUCACUCGUGACCGCAAGUCCAUGAGCGUGCUUUGUGCCGAGGCUUCUGGCGCAGCGAUGCUCUACGUGAAGGGAGCUCCGGAGAGUAUCCUUGAGCGAUGCUCAAGCAUUCUCCUGCCCAAUGGCCCUGUGGAGCUUUCCGCAGCCGGACGUCAGGCCAUUCGCAGCAGCUUCGCCGCCAUGGCCUCCGAGGCUCUGCGCACCCUGGCCUUGGCACAGCGAUCCGGCUCGGAAGACCUCCUCUCCUCGCAGCUCCUCCGAGAUCCUGCCAACUUCGUCCAGCUCAAGCAACCGUUUGUUGUGCAGAGCUUUCCGCAGAGAACUCCGGCUGCCAUGGCGGUGCCCUGCCUGCGGCAAAGAAUCGCACGGCAGGUCAACGUGCUUCACCGCCCUCUGGCUGGUUUCCAUGCUGUAAGGCACAUCUCCAGGGAAAGAUACAACAAGUUGCACAAAGAGUCGAUUGCAAAUCCAGAAGGAUUUUGGUCGCACGCAGCAGCAGCAGUCUCUUGGUCCAAGCCAUGGAGUACAGUUCUCGACCGCAGCAAUCCACCAUUCUAUCGCUGGUUUCCAGGAGCGCAGCUUAACAUGUGCUACAAUGCCGUCGACAGGCAUGUUGAGGCUGGCCUUGGUGGCAGCAAUGCUCUGAUCUAUGACUCACCUCUUGCUGGCGUGAAGAAGACCUUCACUUACUCGGAGCUUCAGAGAGAGGUCAGCAGAACUGCUGGUGCACUGGCCAAGCUUGGCAUCGGCAAGGGCGACCGAGUUGUCAUCUACAUGCCAAUGAUCUCAGAGGCAGUGUUCGCCAUGUUGGCCUGUGCCCGCCUCGGCGCGCCGCACUCCGUAGUCUUCGGGGGCUUUGCCGGGCCAGAGCUGGCAACUCGCCUGGAGGACUUCCAGCCCAAGGCCAUCAUCUGGGCUUCCUGUGGGCUGGAGCCCAAAGGACCGGUGGAGUAUCAGCCUAUGAUCAAGGAGGCUUUGGAGCUGGUGGAGACCACUCCUUCGGUCCGAAUCUGCAAGCAGCGGCCCGAAGCAGCGGCUGUUUUGGAUGGAGACCUGGACUGGGAUGAUGCCCUGGCGACUGCAGAAGAAGUAGCCUGUGAACAAGUGGAUGCAACUGACCCACUGUACAUGCUAUACACUUCUGGCUCUACCGGUAAGCCCAAAGGGGUCUUGCGAGACACUGGCGGAUACGCAGUGGCCUUGAAAGCCUCGAUGGCACAAUUCAUGAACAUGGCUCCGGGUGAAGCAUACUGGGCGGCUUCAGACAUUGGCUGGGUCGUAGGCCACUCAUACAUCGUUUAUGGGCCUCUUCUCCAGGGAUGCGCCACCGUUCUGUACGAAGGCAAGCCUAUCGGCACACCAGACGCGGGUGCCUUCUGGCGAGUGGUCGAGGAGUAUCAGGUCCGAGCCUUGUUCCUCGCACCAACAGCUCUUCGAGCUAUCCGGCGUGUGGACCCUGACGGCGAGCUAGUUCGAAAGUACAACUUGUCUUGCCUUCGAUCCCUCUUCGUUGCCGGGGAGAGAAGCGAUCCAGAAACGCCUCGUUUCUAUGCAUCGAUACUCAAUGUCGGCUACUACGACAACUGGUGGCAGACAGAAACAGGGCAUCCAAUCUGCGGCCUGCAAGAAGAUUCAGUUGGACGAAAGGACGGCAGCGCCGGCUUACCGCUAUUCGGUUACGAUGUUGCCGUUUUCGAUGAGCGCGGGCACAUCAUGCAAGAGCCCAACCAUGCUGGCCACCUGGUCGUCAAGUUGCCUUUGCCGCCCGGGACGUUUCCGAGCCUCUGGAACAAUGACGAAGGCUUUCUGAAGAGCUACUUGGAAGAGUUUCCUGGCUACUACAACAGUGGCGAUUCUGGUGUAAUCGACGACCAUGGAUACGUCAGCGUCCUGGAACGCAGCGAUGAUGUGAUUAAUGUGGCAGCGCAUCGCCUCAGCUGCGGGCAGAUCGAAGCAUGCAUCAAGGCACAUCCAGAUAUCAACGAUUGUGCCGUCGUUGGUGCCACCGAUGAGCUCAAGGGCCAGGUGCCCAUUGCUCUGUUGGUGCUCAUGGAUGCGACGUCCCGCGCUAAAGAAGACAUUGUCCAAGAGGUCAAGGCAAGGGUCCGCCACGACAUCGGGGCCAUUGCCUCCUUAGCAGCCGCCGAGGUCGUGGAACAGUUGCCGAAAACCCGGAGUGGCAAGGUGUUGCGAAAAAACAUCCGUGGCAUGGCCGAUGGGAAGCUGCCACCUAUACCCGGCACCAUCGAGAAUCCGCCUGCACUGGAUUUCGCCCUGAAUGGUUUGAAGCGGAUGGGCUACGCCAAGGGGCUGUAG